AUGAUGGUCUGGGACUGGACAGCCUGGCACCGUUGGCUCCAGGACUGGAGGAGGCAGCGGAGGAUCCGGAACCGGGCUCUGGGGAUGAUGGUCUGGGACUGGACAGCCUGGCACCGUUGGCUCCAGGACUGGAGGAGGCAGCGGAGGAUCCGGAACCGGGCUCUGGGGAUGAUGGUCUGGGACUGGACAGCCUGGCACCGUUGGUCCCAGGACUGGAGGAGGCAGCGGAGGAUCCGGAACCGGGCAGAGUGCUGGAUGGUCCGGGAAGAGCACGGAGGCCAAGCUCGGCCCAGGAGCGAGCGGGUCCUUUCGUCGGACCACGAUACAUGA